CACGCACUGAAGUCUCUGCGCGGUGGAACGGACCAAUACGUCUACAGAGAUUUCCCUAUAUUUAAAACGGCUCGAAACUAUUUGCAGAAAGACACAGUACCAGCGUCUGUGAUUGCUGUGCUAAUGAAUAGUACUCGGCUACAUGUCUACCACGGUUGCUAUGGGGUA